AUGUUUCACCUCGGCUCAGCAACCAACCUCAAGGCGUGGUGGUGCUCCAAGGCAGCCUGGAAUUGGCCGGCUCGGCAUGAGCCACUCAUUGGUGAGACGCCUAAAGCGCCCGAAUUCGUUGCAUCCCCGCUCAAGCAUGUACGGCACCGGCGGCGAGGACUAUUUCACGCAGGGAUGGGGCAUGCCAAAAAAUGCUCCCUCGAGUCCGGACAUGCAAACCAUCUGCGCGAUGACCGGAAUACGACCGCGUACUGGUACCAAACUCUUCCCGGUCCCAGGCUCGACAGUUUGCCCGUGGAAAAAGGCAUUCCGCGCAGGCCUCAGUUCCCGUCGUCGGCCGAUGUGCCGGAGCUGGAGGUGAGCAGCAUGAGUGUGGAGAAGCAGGCGAUGGUUUGGCAGCAGGGUGAGCACAUGGAGGUGUUUGUUAAGGACCGCAAUGAGUGGCUGUGGCGGAGGGCGCAGGUUUCUCAAGAGCGGGCGCGCAGUUAUGUUCGAGAUUUGCAAAGAUAUCCGGCGGCGUUUUCUGUAGGGGUUGGGCAAUUAGGGCAAGCAAUGCAGGUGCUUGAGAUAUAG